AUGCCCGUGGUGUUCCGCUCCUCGCCGCUGAUGUGGGUGCGCAUCGCCGCCAUGGUGUUCUCCUGCGUGGCGUUCAGCGUGGCGCUGUACGGUGCCAUGCUGACCCACGGCACGGGCGACUGGUGCAUCUUCUGCUGGAGCUUCAGCUUCGCCGGGACGCUGCUGAUCCUCCUGGUGGAGCUGUGUGGGCUGCAGGCCCGCGCCCCCAUCUCCUGGAAGAACUUCCCCAUCACCUUCGCCUGCUACGCCUCGCUGCUCUGCCUCUCCGCCUCCAUCAUCUUCCCGCUCUUCUUCCUCAAGGGCUUCGGCGGCCGCGACGAGGUGUAUAACUGCCGCGUCGCGUCCACCGUCUUCUCCUGCCUGGCCACGCUGGCGUACUUCAGCGAGGUGAGCAUGAGCAGGGCGCGGCCGGGCGAGGUCUCCGGGUACAUGGCCACCGCGCCCGGCAUCCUGAAGGUGUGCGAGACCUUCGUGGCGUGCGUCAUCUUCGUCUUCAUCAGCGACCCCGUGUCGUACAACCAGAACGCGGCCACCAAGUGGUGCCUGUCGGUUUACUGCAUCUGCUUCAUCCUGUCGGCCGGGAUCAUCCUGAUGUGCGUCGCCGAGUGGACCGGCCUGCUGCCCGUUAGCUUCCCGCGCUUCCUCUCCACGUACGCGCUGCUAGCCGUUGCGCUGUACCUCUCCGCCACCGUCGUCUGGCCCAUUUACAAGUUCGAUAACAAGCACGGCGGGAACAGCCACCGGCCCAACGACUGCGGCUCCAGCAUGGGUCUGUGCCCGUGGGACAAGCUGCUAGCCAUCGCCGUCCUGUCCGCGCUAAACUUCCUGCUCUACCUCGCCGACCUCAUCUACUCCGCCAGGCUCAUUUUCGUUAGCGUUUAACGCCGCGAAAGGAAAAGAGAGCUAGCGCAGAGCCUCGCGUUCCAGUACUUAUUAGCGCACCCUCGCGGCUUGUGUCUUCUUUAGAAUGUAAUUAGCCCACGAGUUAGCUUUUCAGUGUGUUUUCACCAACGCUGCUGCUAACUCACCGAACGUAAACACAAACAGAUUUGAGACGUUUUAUUAGCGUAGCCCCUUAGCCGUAAAAUAUGACAGAACUAUUUGACCUGACUAGCUGCUAUUUUAGCUAGGCAGUGCAUGCCACAGGAACACAGAAUGCUUGCUAGUUUAUUCGCUAUCUAGCUGUCCCAACGUGCUAGCUUAAACAGAACGUUACUUUGGAGGUUAAAAUCAGACAUUUAUUACGCUAGCUAGUUGGCAAAUCAGACAGUAAUCAUGCUAGCUGAUACAAUUCAAUUUAAAAAAUGGUCACUAGUGACUUCAGACUCUUGACCCCCGUGUAGCUUCGUCUCUGAUGUUGCUACCAGCCGCUCGAACGUUUAAAAAUGAUUCGAAGUUAACGAGGGUGAAGCGAAUCAGUCCUGGAAUGCAGGUUUGGUUAGCAUGGUUAGCGUGGUUAACGUAGCGACUGUGUUAGUGCAGUGAGCUCCGGCUAAACCACACUCACCAGCUUCUCUUCCUUCAUGUUUCUCUUUCACCACAAACGUUUAUUAUUAUUAUUAUUAGUUCUUUUUCUCUCUCACAGUGCUAUAUCUAGCGCUCCCGCUAACCAAAGAGCCGCGGCAACAAAACAGCUUUAAAGAAACCUGUAAGAAUCUGUAGAUCUGAUGAAUAUUUUUUAAUAUUUGAGCUUUAAAUCAAAUCCUUUUGGACGUCUGGAAUCGUACAACAGAGCUCUUUGCUCUCUGAUUGGACGGCCACAGAAACCCGCUACAGGGAAUCGAAACUGCUAACGUUAUUAGCUAUUUUGUAAUGCUUUGUUUUUUCCCCUCUACAUUUUUUUUUUAGCAAAUGACAUGUUUAUUCUGAUGUAUUGCCAUUUUUUUACCUUAGCAUGUUAGCUACGUGAUUAGCUUAUUGAAAAUAGCAGCUGUGAUGAUUUACAUGAAGGAAGGACGCGUGAAGGAUAAUUCUACAAACAACUUUAACUUAGAAAAACAGAAACAGUCG